AUGGUAUUAUUCAGAAGCCUUGCCUUCCUCCUAGUCCUAUACCUGCUGCAGGGGUCCAAUACUUCCUUUGUUCGGCUGAAUAACAAUGGCUAUGAAGGCAUUAUCAUUGCUAUCGACCCUGGGGUGCCAGAACAUGCAACACUGAUUGAACAAAUCAAGGACAUGGUGACUGCAGCUUCUACUUACCUGUUUGAAGCCACAGAAAGAAGAUUUUUUUUCAAAACUGUAUCAAUAUUAAUUCCUGAGACUUGGAAGGAAAACCCUCAAUACAAGAGACCAAAACAUGAAAGCUACAAACAUGCUGAUAUUUUAGUUGCACCACCCACCCUACCAGGGAGAGAUGAACCAUACACCAAGCAGUUCACAGCCUGUGAAGAGAAAGGAGAAUACAUUCAUUUCACCCCUGACUUUGUACUUGGAAAAAAACAAAAUGAAUAUGGGCCAGCAGGCAGACUGCUUGUCCACGAGUGGGCCCAUCUCCGCUGGGGAGUGUUUGAUGAAUACAAUGACAACGAGCCUUUCUACAGUGCUGCGUCCAAAAGAAUUGAAGCAACAAGGUGUUCCACAGGUAUUACUGGUAUGAAUAGAGUUUAUAAGUGUCAAGGAAACAGCUGUGUAUAUAAUAGAUGCAAAAUUAAUUCUACAACAAAGCUGUACGAAAAAGGUUGCCAGUUCUUCCCUGAUAAAGAUCAAAUUGAAAAGACAUCCAUAAUGUUUAUGCAAGGUAUUACUUCUGUUGUUGGAUUCUGUAAUGAAAACAACCAUAACCGAGAAGCUCCAAGCCUACAGAACAAAAUGUGCCAUUCCAGAAGCACGUGGGAGGUGAUCAGCAAAUCUGAGGAUUUAAAGAACACCACACCUAUGGUGGAAUCACCUCCUUCACCUGUCUUCUCAUUGCUGAGGAUCAGAGAAAGAAUUGUGUGCUUAGUUCUUGAUAAGUCUGGAAGCAUGGGGAGCUUUAAUCGCCUAAGUCGAAUGAACCAAGCAGCAAAACACUUCCUGCUGCAGACUAUUGAAAACGGAUCCUGGGUGGGGAUGGUGCACUUUGAUUCUUCUGCCAGCAUUAAAAAUAAGCUAAUCCAAAUAGUAAGCACCAACGAAAGAAACACACUCUUGAACAGCUUGCCUACGGCAGCAGGCGGGGGAACGUCCAUCUGCAGUGGAAUUGAUGCAGCAUUUCAGGUAAUGAGAGAUGUAAAUGCCCAGAUAAGUGGAUCUGAAAUAGUGCUGCUGACCGAUGGGGAGGAUGGUACUGCAAAAGUAUGUGUUGAUAAAGUGAAAGAAAGUGGGGCCAUCGUUCAUUUUAUUGCUUUGGGACCAUCGGCUGAUCAAGCAGUCAUACAGAUGAGCAAUAUAACAGGAGGAAAACAUUUUUUUGCCUCGGAUAAAGCCCAGAACAACGGCCUCAUUGACGCGUUUGGGGCCCUUGCAUCAGGAAACGCCGAUAUCUCCCAGCAGUCUCUUCAGCUUGAAAGUAAGGGAUCACAGCUCAGUAAUAGUCUCUGGAUGAAUGGAACUGUAACAAUCGAUAGCACUGUGGGAAAGGACACAUUCUUCCUCAUCACGUGGGAAAAACAGAACCCCGUGAUUUUUCUCUGGGAUCCCAGUGGAGCAUCAGUACAAAAUUUGGUACAGGACUCUGUUUCCAAAAUGGCCUAUGUCAGCAUUCCAGGAACUGCAAAGGUGGGUGAUUGGACUUACAGUCUUCAAGCCAAAGCAGACGCAGAAAUCUUAACUGUAACAGUUAAUUCUCGGGCAGCAAAUUCUUCUGUGCCUCCAAUCACAGUGAAUGCUAAAAUGAACAAAGAAACCAACAGCUUCCCCAGCCCAAUGAUUGUUUACGCAGAAAUUCUACAAGGGUUUAUACCCAUUCUUGGAGCCAACGUGACUGCGUUCAUUGAAUCAAAUAGUGGAAAAACAGAAGUUUUGGAACUUUUGGAUAAUGGUGCAGGUGCUGAUACUUUCAAGGAUGAUGGUGUCUACUCCAGAUAUUUUACAGCUUAUUCAGAAAAUGGCAGAUACAGCUUAAAAGUGCGGGCUCAUGGAGGAGCGAACGUUGCCACAAGAAACUUGAGGCACCCACCGAAUAGAGCUGCAUACAUUCCAGGCUGGGUGGUGGGCGGGAAAAUUGAAGGGAACCCACCAAGACCUGAAAUUAAUGAAGAUAUUGGGACAUCCUUGGAGAGUUUCACCAGGACAGCAUCUGGAGGUGCAUUUGUGGUUUCAAAUGUUUCAAACUUACCCUUGCUUGACCUGUACCCACCAAGUCAAAUCACAGAUCUUGAGGCCACACCAGACGGGGAUCUGAUCCAUCUAACAUGGACAGCACCAGGAGACAAUUUUGAUGUUGGAAAAGUUAAACAGUAUAUCAUAAGAAUAAGUGAAAAUAUACUGGAUCUAAGAGACAAGUUUGAUGAUGCUCUGCAAGUAAACACUACUCAUCUGUUACCAAAUGAGGCCAACUCCAGGGAAACCUUUGCAUUUAAACCAGGAAAUAUCUCAGAAGGAAACGCAACCCACAUAUUCAUUGCCAUUCAAAGUGUGGAUAACAGCAGUUUGACAUCAAAAGUAUCCAACAUUGCACAAGUAGCUUUGUUUGUUCCUCAAGAUCCUGAUGAAAGUCAUCCAAAUCCUAAUUCUGGAAUUAGCAUUUCUUCUUUGGUGUUGAUAGUAGUUGGAUCUGUGGUCAUUGUUAGUAUUAUUUUAAGUGCCACCAUUUGUAUCUUAAACAAGAAAAAACAUUCAAGCAGACCCAGUACAGGGUUCUAA